AUGGAGUCUGAUGUUUCCCCUUCUCGCUGCGGCUCCAGCCUUGUUAAACGCCGGCAACACAGGCGAGCACACGCAGCCUUGCUGGGUGUUUUGGCCAACAGGAUAUUCCACCUGUGGUUUAGGGGUUCACGGAGCCUUCGUGACCCCUCUAAGACCCCCACGCUGUUCGAGGCUCCUCAGACGAGUUGCCUCGCGCUCCUUCCCGUGGCCGCGGCGUCCCGGAAGUCCCAAAUUCGAAACUAG